GGAACCCAUCACGCAAUCGUUUGAGCCGUGCGACUCGGCGAGACGCUUCGGGUCAUGGUUCACUGGAGCAUCACUACCCUCCGGUCGGACGUUCAGAACAAGACCUCAGGAGAGCUGCUGAUCUCAUUUUUGGUCCUGAAGACGAAGACGAGAAUGCUCAACCAGAUGAAUAGGAGGAUUUUCUGGAGUACAGCAGGAGCCUUUACUUCGACGCGGCUUAUGGUAUUUCACCAGCUAGGCGACGACGCAUUAGGGCAACUCGAUGCGUGAGAACAAUUUUUUUGGGAACAUUCACCAGUGUAACCUCGGCCUUCUGUGUUGUCAUGUGCGCCGUGUGUCCGGGCGACCCAAAUGCGGCGAAUUUGAUCGAAAUACGUGAAGACAGAAUUGCCAAGACGCUGCCGGAGGCACAGGGACAUCGGAAGCGAGAAGAAUUAACUACUUACACAAGAAAACGGCGUUCAAUUUCAUGGAAGUGCUGGAGGGGAAGCACGUAGUGAAGAAGGAAAACGACGACAUAUUUUCUGUUGGGGAAGCGAAGUGAUUGAGCUCUUUGCACCAACUUCGGAGGUGGGCGACGAAGCUCUUCCUCUUACUAGCCUCCGGUCCUUCGGUAAAGAAGAAGAAGAUGAAAUGUCGUGGAGUGUUCCACUUGGUUCGGAGGAUGAAUUGCAGGAAAAAGUGGAGCCCCGAAAUAGAAGAGCCUCCUGCACCAGGCGAAGGAAGGACAUAGAUGAGGC